AUGAACGGCUACGUGUGCAGGAACUGUCGACUGCAAGCCGCAGUCAAACGUCGCCUGUACGCUGGACUCUAUCGUGGCCAACAACUCUCACAAAGUGCUCGGCGGAAGCAAGAUUCCGUCGACGACUUAUUCGAGGAGGCUAGCCGGCCCCGAGGACGCGCGGGUCUAAAGGAUGAUCCUGAAAGGCCUCUAGGAAGAUACUCUGCUCGUGCUCUCCGGCCUCAGCAACUCUUGGAACAGCUGGACAAGCCGGCGCAACGUGACCAUGUUUCCUCACAGCAACAAGUCGACAGCCGACCGCCCCAACAUGAAAACACUGGUCCACGCUAUCGAGCCAACAAGCGUCCGCCCAGGGAUACAGCAACUCCUCGCCAGCCUUCGUUGAUGCAUGAGGGAGACGUAACCUCCCGGCUUUGGAAGUUACGCGAGACUCUCAUUCACGCUUCUGAUGCUGGCGAGGAGAACUCUCUGGACCAGGAAGUGUGGCCGCUGCUGGUGGAGAUCUUGUCAUCGGGAGGAAAUCUGGACUUGCAGUCUUUCAACAGCGCCAAUCGCGACGGCGACUUUCGGGCCGCCAUCCACUCGUGGACAAUCAGAAUCUGUGACGCAUGGCUGUUGCGUCUUCCCUCAUGGCUGAGCUCGGGUGCUCGAGCAGAUACUGAGAUGCAGUCUCAGCCCACUGCAUUGCAAGCUAUUGAGCUGUGCGCGCUCUUUAGCGUUGGGUUCAGAUCAAAGGCGGCAAAAGUCCUAUGGUACGCUUCUAGAGAUUUGUGGGAGCUUCGCAGUACGACCAGUGAGGAUUCAUCUUCGGAGAAAAGCGUCCUCCGCGACGUUGUAGAGGUCUGGAACCUAUGCAUGGCGAACCAGCUGUGGAGGGGGGACCUCAUGCGCAGGUCGAAGUUUCCCUAUUUCAGAAGUCUGAUCGCCGACCGGUCUGCCUUGACCUGGGACUUUUUGCCUAAACCCGAAGAUAUCGAUGUGCUUGUCCAACAACCGACGGCCAUAGGGUCCACUUCAAGUUCGAUCGCUCGCUCCAUGUCUGUCCUUUGCGGCCAGAUCAAUAAGCCUUUGGACUCAAAACGCCUGCCUGCAUUCAGCGGUCAAUACCACCAUGACUCUGCUUCUGCGGCGAUCCUCACGAUGUCCUGCUUCACCAAACACAGGCGAGAACUUCCAGAUCCAAGCCUGAAGGAUUUUGAACCCUGGAUGGAGCUGAUGGGCGCCACGAUCCAAAAAGUGCCGGACAGGCGUGUGCCUGAUGCACUCGCAGAACGAGCAACCACCGUUACAGACCAGGCUAUCGCAGAUAAGUAUAAAGCCCUGUUCGAAGAGCUCGAGCUGGAUUUGGAUGCCGCCUCAAUACCUCCAAGCCGGUCUGUGGGGGCUGUCCAGGCGCCACGUAGCGGCAAUCGAAUAGAUGCACACAGUUCUACAACGGACCAGCUAAGCGAGUCACCCAAAAACGCGCAAGAUCCAGUUGAGAGCCACAUCGGAAGUGAAAAGAGAGCCGCGAUGGACGACGCAGGAGCCAUGCCAUCAGAAGAGCAGUCACCAUCAUCCACUGAGGCCAAUCUAAAGAAACGAUUUACCUGGCUGUCCAUCAAAAGACUUGGUCGUGCUGCCGAACAGCAGGAUCUCAAAGCCACCGACAGAGUUCGUGGAGACGUAUACAAGUUUGUCAAAGACAACCCUGGCGUACAGCUUCCUCUGCAGCUUUACGAGCAUCUGAUCCUCACAUAUCUUGCCUUGAGGAACUUCAAGGGCGCAACGGAAUGCUGGGGUAAUAUGUUGCGGGCUGGCCAUCAAGCAACAGCCAAAACAUACACCAUUGCUAUUCGGUACAGUCAACGCCUUAAGAGUCUGGAUGCGAUGAACCAUUUUUGGGCUAAGAUGAGGCAAGAGCGGGUCCAGCCAGACGUACAUGCGUGGACCGCCUGUAUCUACGGCCUCUUCACUCAUGGCAGAGUAGACGCUGGGCUCCGGGCUCUCACAGACAUGGGGCAGGAGUGGCUUGCUACUGCAAAGGCCGCGCAGGCACCACACUCCUUGGGGAAGGCAAAGAAGGGCAAGCCAUCAAGCUCGUCUGCAAGUUCUGAUCAAGUGGUGCAUAUGGUACAGGGCGAUAUCAACGGUGUACCCAAGCCGACAGUGUACACAAUGAACUCGGCCAUCACCGGGCUGUCCAUAAAUCACAGCGAACUGAUCCCAAAGAUCCUAGGCUGGGGUCGCAGCUUCGGCAUCGAGCCGGACAGCGUCACUUACAACACGCUGAUCAACGUCAGUAUGCGCAACGGCCAACCGGCGGAAGCUAUGAAUCUGCUCCGACGCAUGAGGUCACUGAACAUGGAGGCCGACGGCAACACCUGGAACAUCCUGUUCAACGCCCUGUUCGAAAGCGGAGUGGUCGAGAACCUAGAACCGAAGCAGCAGGAGGAGAAAGUCAUGCAGCUCAUCACAUCGCUCGAAGAAGCGAAUGCAGCGCCAAUUGCCGAGAAGGGCUACGGGGUUGUCAUCGAUCGAAUGGCCAGAAUCUAUAACAACCCCAAGGCCUUCCAGACCGUGCUGAACCACAUGAUGAAGCGCGGAGUCGAGCCAACCUCGUACCAUUAUACCACCCUCAUGCAAUUCUACUUCGAGCAUGACCCGCCCGAUCUAGCCGCCGUCGAAAGCCUUUGGAAUCGCAUCAAAACCGGCAAAACCGGCUACGGCACCGCUCUCGGCCCACCCUUCUACAACCGCAUGGUCGAAGGCUACGCCAUGAACCACGCCGCCGUCGGCACCGCGCCAAUGCUCUCCUUCCUCUCGCAGAUGGAAGCACAAGGCAAGCGGCCUUCCUGGCGCGCUCUCGAAUGCGUGGCGCGAGCGCUGGCCAAGCGCGAGGAGUGGGAUCGUCUGGUGCAGAUCGCGGAUACGGUACGGAGGCGGUUGCAGGAGAGUGGCGUGGGAGGGACGACGACGGGGCAGCAUGAUUUCUGGGCCUUUGUGAUCUCGACGGGGAUUUAUAGGCAUGAGGGAAUUACGGAGCCGAAUCAGCUUAUGGUUGGGAAUAUGGGGAGGCCGAUCGGCGGCUCCCUCGCCGGACUCAUGCACGCCUUGACCUUCCUCUCCCUCCCCAACCCACCCAAGGUACGGAUCCUGGAGCGUUCGCCUACAGCCCUUUUACACAACCAAGGAGCCGGCGUAGUAGCGGGCGGUGAUACGCUACAUUUCUUCGAGCAGUACGUCCGUCCAGGCCGCGAGAUCUCCGUUUGUAGCCCAAUGCGGCAUUAUCUGGACCGCAAGGGCGAGGAGAUGCCGGAGAGUGUCGAACAUAGAACGCAGAGGAUGACAUCUUGGGAUUUGCUGUAUCAUUUGCUGCGGUGGCGGGUGGAGGGGUUGGAGAGUGAGUACGUCGAGGGACUGGAGCGGGAUGAGCGGCCGAAGGCGGAUUAUGAGAACGGGUGUAUUGUGACGAAUGUGGAGGAUGCAGGGUCUGAGGGUGUGAAACUGACGUGGACGCACAAAGAUCGGGGAGAAGGGCAGACGGCGACGGCUGAUCUGGUUGUUGCGGCGGAUGGAGCUUCGUCGUCGAUAAGACGAAUGUUGAUGCCGGAGGUGGAGAGGAAGUAUGCUGGAUAUGUGGCAUGGCGAGGGACUGUGCCAGAGACUGAGCUUUCGGAUGCGGCGAAAGAUGCGUUUGUUGAGAAGUUCACGUUCUUCCAUCAGACUGGCACUCAGAUCCUAGGCUAUCUCAUACCCGGCAGAAGCGGCACGCUUGAGGCAGGCCAACGGCUGUUCAACUGGGUCUGGUAUUGCAACUAUAAUGACGGCUCGGCCGAGCUGGAGGAGCUCAUGACUGGCACCGACGGCAAACGGCAUGCCAUCACGCUCCCCGUGGGAACGAUGAAGCCUCAAGUCUGGGAGCAGCAGAAGGACCACGCGAAAGAACUGCUUCCGCCACAGUUCGCUGAAGCUGUUGGCAAGACACAGCAGCCGUUCGUGCAAGCUAUCACAGACAACAUCGCUCCUCAAAACAGCUUCCUUGCUGGGAAGGUACUGAUGGUCGGCGAUGCUUUGGCAGGUUUUCGGCCGCACACAGCCGCGUCGACCAGCCAGGCAGCGUUCGAUGCUCUGACACUAGGGCUGUGGAUGGGUGGGGAGAUCGAUCAGCAGGAGUAUGGGGCAAGGGUGAAGCAGUACGCGCGAGAGACGCAGAAGCAUGGGGUCAAUCUUGGGGAGAGAAGUCAAUUUGGCCGCCACCCGCUGGCCGGGUAG